AUGCGCAAUCUCUCCUUCCUCAUCUAUCUCGCCCUCGCAGUCUGCAUAAGUGCAGAUUGGAGUACCGAAACAUGGGAUCUCAUUGUUGUUGGAGCAGGUCCAGCUGGAAUCAUAGUUUCCCAUCGCAUGGCCUCAGCAGGUCUCAAAACCCUCUUGCUCGAAGGUGGUAGGACGUCGUACGGAAUUACAGGAGGAGAUCUUGAUAGCCGGAGACCUGCGUGGCUGGAUGGGACGAAUCUCACUCGAGUUGACGUACCCGGACUUUACAAAUCCAUCUUCUCAGACCAGGGCAAUCUGAGAUGCACUGGUCUGACCAACGCAUUCGGUGGUUGCACGGUUGGUGGGAGCUCUGCGAUCAACGCUGGAUUGUUCUUCGAACCUCCUGCCAGUGACUACAACCUCUAUUAUCCCGCGGGAUGGAAGUCCGCUGAUAUGAAAAAUGCCACUCGGCGACUCUAUUCCAUGCAACCGGCAAGCAAUCUUACUUCUCAGGACGAUGUGCGAUACCUUCAAACCGGAUACAAUGCUGCCCGACAGUGGAUUAUUUUUGGCUACCCAAUUUUCGACUACGCCAACGGACAGCGAGGAGGUCCAGUCGUGACAUACCUGCAAGAAGCACUUGCACUGACAAAUUUCCACAUGGAGACAGGAGCCCUGGGUACGCGGACUGAGCGUGUUGGAUGUACCGUCACUGGUGUAACCCUUAUCAACGAUCGUGCUGGCGCUUUGAGAAGUCCCGCACUCUUAAUGUUCUCUGGCAUUGGACCAGCAGACGAGUUGGAGCGCCUUCAAGCUGCCGGGAAGCUCUCUCCUGAUCUUCCUGUUAGCUCUUGGCUGAAUCACUCUUCUGUUGGAGCUGCAUUGUUCGACAAUCCAAACACAUUCAUUGCUUUGCAGAACGGCUCCAUUCAGUCGUAUACCUACUCAACUGGACCAUACACUUUUGCAAGUGAGACCUCUGUCUUCUGGGAUACUCUGGCCCGUCCGGACGGAAGCAUUGCGGGGUUUCGAGGAACAAUCGACUCUUCCGGAUUUGGGGACUUCAAUGGAAAUGAUGCCAUGACCCUGAAUGUAUACGGUACUUCAGGCUUGAAAUCCACUGGAAGCGUGGUACUAGAUUCCAAUUUUAUACCGGGACCUGACGGGAAGGUCUGCUACUCGAAUCCCCAAGAUGCCGAAGAUAUCUCAGGAUUCAUCUAUAAGAUAUUCCAAGGUCUACCUGCUGCUGGUCUGGCUUCUUUGAACAUACCACAGAAUUCGACUGCGAAGGAAAUUGAAGCGUACAUUACCUCGAACGUAGGCGAAGUCAACCAUUGGUCAAGCAGCUGCAGGAUGGGUGUGUUCGAAGAUACGCCAUGUGUGACAAACGAUACGACAGUAUAUGGCAUGAACAAUCUUGAUGUCGUCGAUGGAAGUAUCAUUCCGCCAUUGACUGUCAAUCCUCAGUUUGGUAUCAUGGCUGCAGCUGAGAGAGCGAGUGAGAUCAUUCUUCGAAAGUGGUAUGGACUGGAGAUUCUGAGAAGAGCCCAUGAGAACCGGGAAAUCCUCUUCAAGAAAGCAUCAAGCUGCCUUCCGAACUUCCCGAAACGAUCCACCGACUUCUACGUUGCCAUCUUACCAUCCAAUAAGAGUGUACGGACUGGAGAAUGGAAGGACUUCUUCUGGCUGCGGGCGCGGGGAAAAUAUACUGUUGCUCAAGUCAAGAAGUUCUAUGCCAAGGCCUCAGGCUCGAAUGUCAUAUUCAUGGAUGGCGCGCGCGUGGUGGCGGAACAUACCCAGAUACAAUCCCUGAAUCAUCUCAAGACUGAUUUGGUCGCUCUUUGGACUGUUUCCGCAGAAAGGAGACCAUUGGGCGAAGUUGCGCCUUCGAAACAGAAUUCGUUGUCUGGCAAUGAGCACAGCUCACGAAGUACGGGCCGUACAACUGUUGGAUCCGCAAAGGCAUGCUCAGUUCAUCUGGAUUGUCAAAACCACUUUCUGAUUUCCAUGACGGACUUUACCCCUGAGAUCAACAAGCACCUCACAUCACACAACCAUGGGGAACGAUUAAGGAAUAGGACAUUGAAGAUCAGGAACCUGCGGCGACUACUUAGAGAAAUCAAUGCAGAUCAUCCAACAUCCGAGUUCACCGUGUCAGAAGCGGAAGCUGCUGUUAGCGCCUUGCCAAUCAUAAAGUGCUCGGCAUGUCUUGAAUGGCAACAUCAAGUGAUGGCGCAGGAGAGGUCUUCAGAUGCUAUUGAUUCUGUCGAGGCGCACAUAGUUUCUGCGGGCCACAAAGCGAAGCUUCAUAAGUUUGCUCCAGCACGAUUGGAUUCCCUUUCAAAUCAUGAUGCAUCGGGAGCAGAGGAGAUGGAGACAUAUCAUAAUGCACGCAGUGUGCUCAAGAGGAAACGAGCGGAGUCGCCCGAUGGAGGCACGCAGAACUUCCAACGUUCCAGCGAGGAUGCAUUCACGUCUAGUGGGACUUCAUGGUUCCAAGCGUUAGCGUCCGAGUAUCCAGAAGACAGAUUUCAGGUUUCGAGAAUUGGAGCCGAAGAGAUGUUCAGGUGCCUGGAUUGUUUCCGUACUUUGUCCUCGAAGGCCGAUAUCAGAAACAUGAAACAGCAUCUUGAUUCUGGUGGGCACAAAUACAGAGUCGCAAGUCGGCAGGGGAAGUUUAAGAAGCAAAAGAAGCGGUAA